AUGGCUCCAGCCCUGAGGUCUGAGGUGAUCCGUUCUUCUCCAGAUCUGGUGUCCCUAUUUCAGAUAAAGAGAUUAUCAGUGCCACUGGUCGACUGCCAAACAUCUCCAGGUCAACAAGAAGCAUUCAGCAAAAACAAGAAAGAUGGAGGAAAACCCAAAACUGAGAAUAUAUAUGACUGCAAACAGAGUGGGAAAGGUUUUUCAGCGGCAGGAAGGCCUAGCGAACACCAUCGCAUCACAGGAGAAAAACGGCCUCAGUGUCAACACUGUGGGAAACAUUUUUCAGCGCCAAGCAAACUUAGAGGUCACCUGCGCUGUCACACAGGAGACAACGCCUAUAACUGUGGACAGUGUGGGAAACGAUUCUCACAGGCCGCAGAUUUAAGAAGACACCAGCGCAUUCACACAGGAGAAAAACCCUUCAACUGCCUACAGUGCGGGAAAAGAUUUUCACAGGCAGCACAUCUCAGUACACACCAGCGCCGUCACACUGGGGACAAACCCUACCACUGCAAUCAGUGCGGUAAAGACUUUUCAGUGGCAGGGGAUCUCUGUAGACAUCAGGUCGUUCACACAGGCGACAGGCCCCAUCUCUGCCAACUGUGUGGCAAGCGAUUCUCACGGGCCGCUAAUCUCCAAAGGCACCAGCGGAGUCACACUCCAGACAAGCCCUACAACUGUGGACAGUGUGGGAAGAGUUUCUCACUUGCGUUUGAUCUCCAAAGACACCAGCUCGUUCACACUGGAGACAAGCCAUACUGUUGUGGACAGUGUGGGAAAAAGUUUUCACAGGCACACCAUCUCAGAACACACCAGCGGAUUCACACUGGAGACAAACCCUACCAAUGUCUACUCUGUGGGAAAAGGUUUUCAGAGGCAGGAGUUCUGCGAAAACAUCAGGUCGUUCACACGGGAGAGAAGCAAUACUGUUGUGGACAGUGUGGGAAAAGCUUCUCACUGGCAGCUAAUCUCAAAAGGCACCAGCGUGUUCACACCCGAGACAAACCUUCCGAGAGCCAAUAGCGGUGGGAAAGGUUACUCGGAGGCAGGAGAUUUCCAAAGACACCAGCGCGUAUGUAGCAAAAAUCAGCUUGCAUGUGGCAAAAAUCAGAUUUAGGACUUACUCAUGGAUUUGUUUUCCUUUUUUUCCCUGUUCUAGAACUAUAGCUAUAGCGGUGGUUCUUCACCUUUUUUCUUAAACCACCCCUUUUCUGUGCCUGAGACAAGCUCUGCACCCCAAACUCAAACUUGCAUACAUGUGUAUAUGCAUUAAAACAUGAUGUAAGUGAAUAAGUGCAAUGAUUCAAAACAUUAAUCAAUACCAUAAUGAUUUUAAAUCGGGACC